AUGUGUAGGCAUGCUGCAACGGUUAUUAUAAAAGCUUCUGGAGGGGAAGGAAAUUUGGUGGACCAUAUGGAUCCGUUAUACCUUGUUGAUGCGUAUCGGCGUAUAUAUGAAGAACCCAUAUAUCCAGUUGUAGAGAGUGACAUUCCCGAUUUUACGAAAGAAGGUGACCGGGUUAUAAACCCUCCACGGAAUAGGCGGCCAGCGGGUAGGCCCAAAGUUAAACGCAUUCGUUCAAGGGGUGAAGAGUCAUAUACCAGACCUAAUAAAUGUGGGAGGUGCCACAAGGCCACAAAGUACAAUCGAAGAACAUGCAAAGAGCCAAGCGAUAUAUGA